AACCCAUAUAUGGUAUUCAAUAACAAUUGCUUAUCACAUCUUCUCUACAGGAAAAUCAAAGUUGAUGAUUCUAAAAAGAUUCACAUCAGCCUGGCGAUCGCCUUGAUCCUCCUCAACCUACAUUUCCUUCCCAGUGAGAUGGCUGCAGCGUCCUCCUCUUCGGGCCUUUGUGUUUACAUGGCUCUUGCUCUCCACUACUCUCUGUUAGCUACCUUCUGCUGGAUGGGCUUGGAGGGGUUCCACCUCUACCUUCUCAUCGUCAAAGUCUUCAACAUCUACAUCAAUAGAUACAUGUUGAAAAUCAGUGUGGUGGGAUGGGGUGUUCCAGCGGUAAUUGUGUUGAUUUUGCUGUCAAUAAACACAGAGUUUUAUGGCAGAUUUGCAGUUGUGGACUCAUCCAACUCCACUAAUAGUACAAUAUGCUACAUAACCAAUGAGAACGUAAAGUGGGUGACCACAGUGGGAGUGUUUGGUCUGAUGUUCCUCUUUGUCAUGGUCGUGUUUUUGGUAACAGUCAGAAAUCUGAUGACAAACUGCUGUCAGAAAGAGUUCAAGCAGAAGAACUGGAAAGGACUGAAGCAGAACGUCUGCACCGUGCUGGUCCUCAUCACUCUGCUUGGGAUUACCUGGGGAAUCAUCUUCUUCUCGUUUGGACAACUGACCACUCCUGGCCUCUACGUCUUCAGCAUUUUGAACUCACUGCAAGGUUUUUUCAUCUUUCUCUACUUCGUUUUCUCUCUAAGAAAAACCAAAGACAUCACAACUUCACCAAGUGAGAAACCAACCACCACAAGCUCCCUGGAUAUUUUGGAGUAGCAUCUCAUCCAAGUGGACUUUUGUUCUUCAGUCCCGGACCUGAGUUCAGUGAUUCUGACAUUGAUAACAUUUGCUUUCUUUGCAACAUUUUUUUUAACUAUGGUGUUGUGCCUUUAGCAGAUAUUUACGUAGCAAAUUGAUUUUCUUUUUUUAUGAACAUUCUCAAAACUUUACAGUGAUGAUUUAAUUUUGAAAGUAUUUUAUUUUGAGGUAACACAUUAUAUAAAUAUUAUGUUAAUCUUCCAAUUAUUUUAUUAAAAUAAUUAGUUUCACACUGCUACCUGUUGCGCAGGGAAGGCAAUUAGUGAGACACACCCUGCCUUCACCAUGCGGCCACUACCCCUCCAUCUUCAGUUGGAGUGAGCAGUCUUUGCUGGUGAGUUGUUUUCUGCGGUCUCCCGAUAUUCUAAGUUAGCUGUUGAAAAAUUGGUUUUAGAUUCCUAAAUGUAUUAAAGAUUGGAUGCUAUUGACAUGAAA